UGAUUUCUAGCAAUAAAUAAAGCAGUGCCGAUCCAAGCCGAGCAGUCUAUCCGUCAAAAAAAGUCGCGCUGUAACAAUGGGCCGGGCAGAAUCAUCCUGCAGUUGGUUGUGUUUACUGGCUAUCCUCGUCAAUAAAGGACUCUCCAGUCCCCUGGCGGGUAAAGAAGCCUGGGCCUAUGAGGAAGUGAGGGAGGGGGCCCACAUGUUCUGGUGGCUGUACCCUGCUGACACCGACAGCCAGAACCGCCCUCUGGUUAUGUGGCUGCAGGGUGGACCAGGAGGCUCAGGAAGUGGCUUUGGGAACUUUGAGGAGAUUGGACCUUUGAACAGGGACCUGGAGCCCAGAAAGACGAGCUGGGUACAGGCAGCAAAUGUCUUGUUUGUAGACAACCCUGUGGGCACUGGCUUCAGCUACACUGACCGGCCCGACGGCUAUGCUACCGAUGUGGCCACGGUGGCCUCAGACAUGCUGGUGCUGCUCCAGCACUUCUUUAAAAAGAUGGCAGAGUUCCAGAGCAACCCCUUCUACAUCUUCUCCGAGUCGUAUGGAGGGAAGAUGGCAGCUGCUAUCUCCUUGGAACUCACCAAGGCCAUAGCACAAGGGACGGUGAAAUGCAACUUUGCUGGUGUGGCACUUGGGGACUCCUGGAUUUCCCCAGUGGACUCUGUCAUGACCUGGGGACCGUACCUCUACACUACUUCGCUGCUGGAUGAUUACGGCCUUGCUGACGUCAGCAGUGCAGCGGACGCGGUGAAGCAAGCUGUGGAGCAGCAGCAGUUUGAGAAAGCCACAGAGCUGUGGUCUGUGGCGGAGACGGUGGUGGAGCAGAACACCAACGGAGUGAACUUCUACAACAUCCUGACCCAGGAGCCGGAUGAGAAACGCACCUCCGUAGCAGGAGACUUCAUCGCUCUGCAGACACAUCGCCAUAUUCGACCCCUCCACCGCCAAUCCCUGAGUGAGCUGAUGAAUGGACCAAUCAGGAAGAAACUGGGCAUCAUCCCCCAAAAUGUCACAUGGGGAGGCCAGGCAGAGAAAGUGUUCAGCUACAUGGCGGGAGACUUCAUGAGGCCUGUGGUGGAUAUAGUGGACCAGCUGCUGACCGCUGGAGUCAACGUCACCAUCUACAAUGGACAGCUGGAUCUCAUAGUGGACACCAUGGGUCAGGAGCUGUGGGUGAAGAAGCUGAAGUGGGAGGGGCUACCUGGGUUUAACAAGCUGAGGUGGACCCCCCUCGAUGACCCCACCUCCCCGGGCAUCACUGGCGCUUUCUGCAAGACUUAUAAGAACUUCUCCUUCUAUUGGAUCCUCAAAGCCGGACACAUGAUUCCCUCAGACCAGGGGCCGAUGGCCUUGCAGAUGUUGAAGAUGAUCACCCAGCAGGAUUGAUCCGUCCACUCUGACGCCAAAAGGAAUGGCUCUGACAAUCACAAUGAUCACAGAACUUUUUUUUUUUUAUUAUUUUUUAGUUUCUCUGCUAAACCAAAUGAAGACUCUCAGUGUUCUGAUUACAGCAAUGAUCUGUGCAACUUUCAGCAAUAACAAUAAAGACACCUUUUCUUUUUCGUA